UCCUGCGUUCUCAUCCAGUGCAGCUGCAGCCUCUUCACUCCCUCUGAGGUCAGAUAUGACAGGUUCACCCCCCCCUCUGUGAGCUGACUGUCGGGCCCUCUCUUCUGCGCGCUCCUCUGCAACCUGGAUGAUGGAGCUGGAGGUGGAGAGCUGCCGGCAGCGUCUGCUCGGGCUGCUCCUCCUGCUCGGCUGCGUGACUCUCCACAGCUCGGCCAUCGAGACCGUGAAUGUGGUGGACUUCUGUGGCCAAAUGAUCCGGGGUGACGGGAUGAUCAUCAAUUCGCACCAGGAAUCCAAGAAGUACUACUUUGUGACCAUGGCAACCGACUGCCACCUCACCAUGCAGGCCAGCUCUCCCAAAGACAAAGUCCAGUUCCACUUCCGCUUCUUCCUGGUCUACAGUUUGCUGCGAGUGGCCCCUCUGAGCCCGGCUCCCCUCUUCCCAGAGUCCCCUCGUGACUCGCCCCCCCUCAACCCAAGACUGGAGCCCACCACUGGUGAAAGCCCAGGGGACCCGUGUCAUGCCGGCUCAUAUGUUCAGUUCUACGAUGGAUGGGAUAGGAGCUCGCCGCCCCUCGGGCCUCCUCUCUGUGGGAAGAGCCCGCCCCGGCCAGUGCUGUCCACAGGAAACUACCUGACCCUGAGGCUGGUGACCCGGGGGACUCAGCCCAGGGUCGACUUUGUGGGGGACUUCACCUCCUUCAGACUGGGUUUCAACCAAUCAGAGUGCAGCAGCGAACCCUACUUCACCUGCAGGAAUGGGAAGUGUAUCCCUCUCAGUCUGGUGUGUGAUGAUAAAGGCAUUGACAACUGUGGGGAUGGAAGUGACCUGGAGGAAAAUCUGACCACUGGCUGCAAAGCAGGUCAGCUCUUACCUCCUGAACCUCCACCGCCAAUAGCGACCCCACCUCCACCUUUUGUGAAUCCACCCACGGAGCCGCUUGCUACACAUCUGAACUGUGGCGUGCCAGACAGCGCUCCCAGCCAUGAGUCAGUAACAGACUCUCCUGCCUCUCUGUCCCUGUUGGUUCUCUACAUCAUCCUGGCCGUGGUGGCGGGCGGCGUGCUGCUCUGCUGGUGCUGCUGGUCACCUGGAUGGUUCCUGUGGCGGGUCAGCAUCUGUCGGUUCUUACCCUGCUGCAACUUGGCCUGCGCCUCCUGCCAGCUCUGCAGCCGCAGCUGUGUCCACAGCAAGGAGCACCGGCUGGCGAAAGUGACGCCGCACACACCUGUCAACGGGAGCCCGACGUGCACGGCAGCAGCCACCAACAGUGCAGAGGAAAACAUUACCACGGCAACUGUUUAGAACAGAGGGGCUGUCUAGUUGAUCAGAUACAUGGAUACGCUGAUGCUGAACACUUACUGCAUUAGGCAGUGUAACAUGACCGAGAGUCUUUUUAGUGCAGGUUGGACUGAUGUGGUCCAGGACGCUGGACUGAGCAGAGCCACUGGUCCACCUGUGGUUUGUCUGCUUUAAAUGUGAUGAGACUGCUAUGUUAAUGCUGUUAGAAGAAGGAAAAGCAGGGUACAGUGUGACUACAGAUUGUAUGAACGUAUGAAUGUAUCUGAAAUGAGAGGAUUAAGGUUCUGGGACUCACUGAAAAGAAAAUUUCAUUCACAGCACCUGUUUGAAGUUGUCUCUUUCAUAUUAUGCUAGAAGCUGAAGUUUGAGAUGUCCAGCCAUUGAAGCUGGACCAGAGCAGACAAUGAACAGUGUUAAGUUGUUAGUGUGAACAGUUUUGAGUCAUGUUUUUGUUUGUUUCUUAUAAACAUGCUUUUCUGCUCUGUCUCAGAAGUCACAGUUUAGAAACUACACUUCAGUCCACAGCUUCGACCAAAACUCUGGAAACUGCCUCAAAAAGUUAACCGCCUGGUGACAGCAGCUGUUCUCCCCUGGAGAAAUUCCUUCAGACUCUCAACGCUCCCCCACCAGUCCACUGUUGUUCCACAUACUUUAUAAACCAAUGUGAAGUUUGGACAGUGGAGCUCAAACAGUCAACUCCGUGCAGGGAGAAACUUACCGUGUAACAGAAAUCCAGGCAUAUUAAACUUAAAUCAAUAAAUGAUCAUCAGGUCAAAUAAAACUAUCGAGAGUGAGAAUUACUGUGGUGGAACAUUAAAUAAAAUAAUGAUCAUUUUCAAUUGCAGUAAAUUUGAAGACAAGGUGAAGAAAUUAUAAUUAUUAACUUGAUAUGAUGAAGAUAUUAAUCAUCAAGAAAAAACAAUCAUUGGAUUCACAAAAUGAUUAUUUAGUAAGUGUUUGUAGUGGUUUGAUUAUUUAUUGUCUUUCAAUGUUCACUGGCCAAUGUGUCAAUCAUAAACAGCUGGUUCCAGCCUGACUCUCCUGGUCUAACUCUGCAGCUGACUGCAGCUUGUGUGCCAGUGAAGCUCAUCAGGACUUUCUACACAUGAGCAUUAGACUCACAUGUGACUGAAACUAACAGCCUCCACUCGCUCAAGAUUUUUGAGUGGUUUGCUCCCAUUCAGACCAAUGGGCAUCAGUGAGGUCCGACACUGACGCAGGUGAUCAGGUCUGGUUCAGUCUCAGUUCCAGUUGCUCCGAGAGCUGUUAGAUAGGGUUGAGGUCAGGGCUUUGUGCAGGCCAGUGUAGUUCUUCUUUGUGCACAAUCUGCAGCCACCAAGUUGGAGGCACACUGUUGUCUAAAAUAUUGUAUGAUGAAGGGUUCUGAUUUUUUAACUUCACUGUAACCAAGGAUAAAAAAACAGGAAAACAGCCCCAGACCAAAGGUACACAUAAGUAUGUAGUUUAUUAACUUGUAUCAUAAAACUCAAACACAAAAAGAAAAGGAAAUGAGGGCAUGUUUGUCUUCUGACAUGAAGUCAAUCAAAAUCAAAAUACAUGGUUGACGUCUUUCUUGCAGAGUCCUCUUUUCUCUUCCAGGCCUCAGAUACAGUAAAGAGCACAGUAUCUUCCUGUCCUUUUACCCAGAUUGAUGCUCCAUGUGACGGGAAACCUGUGUCCAUGUGUCCACCAGGCAAACUUUCUUUGUGGCAUCCUCUAGAUGGAGUAGCUCCAUAACCUUUCCUCACUCUGCCACACUGUGUGUUGUGUAACCACAUUUCACAGAGCCCCCUGCACCGUCUCUUUAGGUGUUUUGACUAGUGUCUUCGCUCAGACAUUAGACCAUAUGCUUAAACAAACACUGUGAUUCUGACCUCCAGGUUGCCGGGCUGCAGCAAAAUGAAGCAUGCAGACUUCUUUAUCUGUCUCUCUUUCUGCUGAGACUGUACAGGAAUGCAUGUGCAUCCUUACACACAUCACACACACACCAAGUAUAGUACACAUCCACUCAGCUCACACACACACUCAGACAUCCAUGUGCGUCACUCUGUGGAGAAGGUCAGUGCUCCAGCUGGAUGAUCCUGCCAACACGACUUUUCUCACAAAUGACUUUAAGCUCACAUUUUUACACAUUUAACUUUUUCCUCCAAUCAUUUUAUGGCUAAAUGUUGUUGUUACAGACUUUUUAUUAUCUGUUAAUAAACAGUGUGAAAAUCUGUGAAAGUCAAACAUGAUCUAAGUUCAGACGCCUUAAAGGAGCUAUUUUGAAGUUUUUCUAUUGCUACAUAGUUAGCAUUAGCAGCUGUUUACUAACCA